AUGAAUGAACAGAAAUCACAGAAGUCUGAAGCUCCCCAGAAAAGUAAGAGACUAGCAGAGAAGAUGACAGCCAAAGCUAAGUCCGACGGUAGUCUAAAAGAAAACACGGUUUCUUCUAAGGGAUCAAAAGCAAAGUCUGACGUCUAUGAAUCCCUGAAUGCCGACAGCAAGGAGAAAAACUGUGAAAACCGAAGUUCAAGCAAUAAAACGGCAGCAUCAGCUAGAACUGCUAGAAGCAAUAUUUCGCGGAGAAGAAAAGAGGCUGAAAUCGAAGCAAAAAUCAAGAAGACAGCUUUAGAGCAAGAAAUGUUAAAGAAUCAACAAGAAAUGGUUGAUCUGGAACUUGCAAGAAAGCUAGUAUUAAUUGAAGAGUGUGAUGAAAAGGAAUUUGAUGAUUCUGGAGAAGAUGAAUGUGAGUCAGUGUCCAGCUACAGAGCAAACUCCCUGGAGGAGAUCGAUAACCUGACGGAGGAAGAGGUCCAUAAGGCCACUUUGUCAGGUUCAUCAAGAGCAAAAUUGCGUAACCUGGUCACGAAAGGCAAAAGCUACACUGAAGCUAAGCGCGCCGUGAUCAGGGAAAACUUCCUGAACCACAUGGAGGGAAAGGGCAAAGCAAAGGUGGCGACAAAGAGCGCUGAAUCCAGCAUUGCCCAAAAAAGAACCAGGUCGGAGGACAGCACACCCCAAAAGAGGCAAACUACAAAUCCAAGAGGUGGGCAAAUCCCGGCUACCACGACAAGUAAGUCGUACAAGGAUGCGGCGGAAGCCCAGAUGACGAUCGAGAGGAUGCAACAAUUACAAGCAGUGAUCUCGGCAGCGCACGAGAAUAUCCCUGAAAAUGACCCACAAGUGCGUUUUGAAAAAUGCAGUCACAGGCUGGGAUAUUUUGAGGUCACCUGCGCAGACAAGAUCAGCGCGGUGUGGCUAAUGGAAACGGUGUCAACACUCAAGCUCUGGGAGGGCGCAGUGUUAAAGGCAUUAACAGGCGAGGACUUGCCAAAGCCAGAGACCUGCACCGUCUUCAUCCCGGAUGAGAAGGGAGAAAGACUGUCCGCCGAGAGAAUCCUCAAGAAGCUCUCAAUGGAAAACAGAGGCCUGAACACUGAACACAAGCCUGUGGAAGUCCUGGGGCGCAGUCCCAAUGGACAAAGGCUAACUGUGGGCCCUCUUUAUGGACAAGCAGUCGCUAGAGGGCCUGGAGAAACAGGACAUGAGCCCCUACUCCAGAUUUGGAAGGCUGAAGUUCAGAAGAAAGCGGGAAAAGAAGCCCGAGGACAAGGUCCACCAUACCGCCGUAGGUCCUAA